CAUGGCAAACCUACUUGGCCUUUUCUCAAUAGUUCUCAUGUUCUCUCAUCUUUACUUGGCUAAAAUGGCAGAAUCUGCCAUUACCAGACAUUCAAGUCCCAUCGACUUCAUCAGGGCAUCUUGUAAGGCAACUCGCUACCCCACGUUAUGCUAUCAAUGUCUGUCAGGUUAUGGUAGUGCCAUAAGACAAAGUGAGCAUCAACUAGCUCUUACUUCUUUGUCAGUGAGUUUAGGGAGGGCAAGAUCAGCCGUUGCGUUUGUGGGCAAGCUCACUAAAGUAAAGGGAAUCAAGCGUAGAGAGUAUAUGGCAGUGAAAGACUGCAUAGAAUACAUGAGUGAUAGUGUGGACCGACUUAGCCAAUCAGUAAGGGAGCUUGGGCAUGUGGGUGCAACCGUUGGUGAGGACUUCAUGUGGCACAUGAGUAAUGUGCAGACUUGGGUUAGUGCUGCAUUAACCGAUGAGACCACUUGCUUAGAUGGGUUUGGUGGUCGUCGUAUGGAUGGAAACGUGAAGGCUGCAAUUAGGAGGAGGGUCACCAAUGUUUCUCAGGUCACUAGUAAUGCUCUUGCUUUGAUAAAUCGUUUCGCCGCAAGACACCGAGCAACUGAUGAGAAGCAUUAGCUUUCAUUUGGCUACUUCUUGGAG